AUGGCUGAGGAAAACCAGACUGAAUUCCUGCUGCUGGGCUUCUCUGACCUCGGGGCGCUGCGGGGCCCCCUGUUCUGGGUGGUGCUCCUGCUCUACCUGGUCACCUUGCUGGGCAACGCGGUCAUCGUCCUGCUCACCCAGGCCAGCCCGGCCCUGCGCACGCCCAUGUACUUCUUCCUGCGCCACCUGUCGCUGGUGGAACUGCUCUACACGGCGGACAUCGUGCCGCGCGCCCUGGCGGACCUGGCCGCGCCGCAGCCCCGGGCCAUCUCCUUCCAGGGCUGCGCCGCCCAGAUGUACAUCUUCGUGGUGCUGGGCAUCGCCGAGUGCUGCCUGCUCACCGCCAUGGCCUACGACCGCUACGCCGCCAUCUGCCGGCCGCUGCGCUACUCGGCGCUCAUGAGCCGCAGGGCCUGCGCGGCCAUGGUGGGCACCUCCUGGCUCAUGGGCGUCGCCACGGCCACCACGCACUCCUCCCUCAUCUUCACGCUGCCCUUCCCGCGCCGGCCCGUCGUCCCGCACUUCCUCUGCGACAUCCUGCCGGUGCUGCGACAGGCGAGCGCAGGCCGGCGCCGGAGCGAGGUCUCCGUGAUGACCGCCACGGUGGUCUUCAUCAUGAUCCCCUUCUCGCUGAUCGUCACCUCCUACGCGCGCAUCCUGGGCGCCAUCCUGGCCAUGGCCUCCACCCAGAGCCGCCGCAAGGUCUUCUCCACCUGCUCGUCCCACCUGCUCGUGGUGUCGCUGUUCUUCGGCACGGCCAGCAUCACCUACAUCCGGCCCCGGGCGGGCUCGGUGCUCACCGACCGCGUCCUCAGCCUCUUCUACACCGUCGUCACGCCCAUGCUCAACCCCAUCAUCUACACGCUCCGGAAUAAGGAGGUGGCAGCGGCCCUGCGCAGCGUGCUGAAGAAGCAGGUGUCUGCGCCCUGA